UGUAUACUUGAAUUUUUAUUGUUGUUUACAUCAAUUUCUUUUGAUCACGUGCUACAUUUAAAAUAACAAUAUUUAUGAUAUUUAAAAAAUGAGUGUGAAAAGGAAUGUUACCAUACAAUCAUUAGAUAAUAAUACUUUUAAUGCAAUAAGACAACAUUUAAAACAAAAGAUUUUGUAUCCAGAAGUGAAAGAAAACCAAUAUGUGAAAGAGCGUCAACACUUGUUAGAUUUACUGAAGAGAACUGUUGAUAAAGGCGAGAGUAACUCAGCUUUACUUAUAGGAUGUCGCGGAUCUGGUAAAACAACUACAGUAAAUCACAUUUUGAAGCAGCUUUUACAGUUAAAGAGAUUCAAAACAAAUGUAAUGAUCAUUCGUCUUAAUGGAUUAAUUCACACAGAUGAUAGAUUAGCUCUGAUAGAUAUUUCUUGCCAAAUGAAAUUAGAAAAUGUUUUUGAAGAAAAAGUCUUUGGUACUUUUGCUGAAAAUUUUAAUUACUUACUAGAAUGUUUAAGAGCUGGAGAUAAAACAACUUCAGUGCCAUGCAUAUUUAUUAUUGAAGAGUUCGAUUUAUUUUGUAAUCAUCAUAAUCAAUCACUUAUUUACAAUCUCUUUGAUGUUGCACAAUCUGCACAAGCACCUAUUUGUGUUUUGGGCAUAACUUGUCGUUUUGAUGUAAUUGAAUUAUUAGAAAAACGUGUUAAAUCAAGAUUUUCUCAUCGUCAAAUUUUUUUUUAUUCUGAUAACUUACAUACAUUAGAACAUGAGAACAAAUCUGAAUCCCAAAAAAUAGAUUUUGAUCAUCGUAUGGAUCUUCUCCACGAUUUACUUAGUGUUAAUAAAAAUGAUGUUAAAAUUAUAGAAAAAGACAUUAAAUUGAAAAUAAGUUCUCAAGAACUGGAUUUUUGGAAUAAAAAUAUAGAUGAUAUAGUUAAAAAUAAUGAUGUUGUAAAAAUUAUAAAGAUGAUGUAUCAAUUAAAUGUGACUGAAAGAUUAUUUAGAAAUUUUCUGUUGGUUCUUGUUUCGGCUUUAGAUGUUGAUCAUCAGAGAAUUUCAGUCAAUGAUUUUCAGCAAAAUAGUAAAUUAUUUUUACGUGAUGAUAAAGUUUUUAUACUUGAAGGACUUUCUAUUUUAGAGUUUAGUUUGAUAAUUUCAAUGAAGCAUGAAACUGAAAUUUUUGAUGGAGAACCAUUCACUUUUGAAUCAGUUGUCAAACGUUACAUUCAAUUUGCUAAUCGAUCAUCAUCGAUACAAACAGUACAGAAGCCAGUUAUUAUGAAAGCAUUUGAACAUUUAAAGAAUUUGGAGCUUAUAAAAACAUGUAGUAAUAAUUCAAAAACUGAAAAGGAAUAUCAACAUUUUGAACUUCUAGUUCCUCCCAGUCACAUCCUUCAAGCUGCCAACAAUUAUCCGGGGUUACCAACUGACAUAGCUCAGUGGGCUACGAGUAGUUUACAAUAACAAUAUUCAAAUACUGAAAUUAUUUUUAUAAUAAAAUACUUGCUUAUCUCAGUGAGAAAGUAAAAAAUACAACUCUCAUUGUAAAAUUGAA